AUGGGAUUGCCAUGCUUCUGCUUGAUCAGAAGGAGAAAAUGGUUGCUCAGGAAAUCUCCGAUCUUGAGAAAGAUACAGCCAUACAGGGUUCAAGUUGAGAGUGGUGGCUCAAAACUAUCCUCAUACACCCUGAUUGUUUGCAAUAGUUUUCAGAGUGAUAAGCACAUCUUCAGGUUAAAAAAACAGAACAUGCCUUGCACACAAGCUUUGUAA